CGAGGAUGCUGUCCCGCAAGAAAACCAAAAACGAGGUGUCCAAGCCGGCCGAGGUGCAGGGCAAGUACGUGAAGAAGGAGACGUCGCCCCUGCUGCGGAAUCUCAUGCCUUCAUUCAUUCGGCAUGGUCCAACAAUUCCAAGACGGACUGACAUCUGCCUUCCAGAUUCAGGUUCUAAUGCUUUCUCAGCUUCUGGAGAUGGAGUAGUUUCAAGAAACCAGAGUUUUCUGAGAACUCCAAUUCAAAGGACGCCUCACGAAGUAAUUAGAAGAGAAAGCAACAGACUGUCUGCACCUUCUUCUUAUCUUGUCAGGAGCCUCGCAGAUGUUCCUCGAGAGUAUGGCUCAUCACAGUCAUUUUUAACAGAGGUUAAUUUCGCUGUUGAAAAUGGAGACUCUGGUUCCCGAUACUUUUAUUCAGAUAACUUUUUUGAUGGUCAGAGAAGGCGGCCACUUGGAGAUCGUGCACAAGAAGACUACAGGUAUUACGACUACAACCAUGAGCUCUUCCAAAGAAUGCCACAGAAUCAGGGGAGGCACACUUCAGGUAUUGGAAGAGUCGCUGCUACAUCUCUAGGGAAUUUAACUAACCAUGGCUCUGAAGAUUUACCCCUUCCCCCUGGCUGGUCUGUGGACUGGACAAUGAGAGGGAGAAAAUACUACAUAGAUCAUAACACAAACACGACUCACUGGAGUCAUCCUCUUGAACGAGAAGGACUUCCUCCCGGGUGGGAACGAGUCGAGUCAUCAGAAUUUGGAACCUAUUAUGUGGACCACACCAAUAAAAGGGCCCAGUACAGGCACCCGUGUGCUCCCAGCGUACCUCGGUAUGAUCAGCCUCCUCCCAUCACAUACCAGCCACAGCAAACUGAAAGAAAUCAGUCCCUCCUGGUCCCUGCAAAUCCUUACCAUACUGCAGAAAUUCCUGACUGGCUUCAGGUUUACGCCCGAGCCCCUGUGAAAUAUGACCACAUUUUGAAGUGGGAGCUCUUCCAGCUGGCUGAUCUGGACACGUACCAGGGAAUGCUGAAGCUGCUCUUCAUGAAGGAGCUGGAGCAGAUCGUUAAGCUGUACGAGGCCUACAGACAGGCUCUUCUCACCGAGCUGGAAAACCGUAAGCAGAGACAGCAGUGGUAUGCCCAGCAGCAUGGCAACAAGUUUUUCAGUUAAUUUCACCCCAGUCCAAGCUUCCUAAGAGCUUCGAAUAUUUUCAGAUAAACGACUGCAAACAAGUACUUUGGUUAAUAAAGGCAACUUACUAUUUGGAAUUAGAAAAUUCUAGUUUUACAUAUAUUUUGUUACCAAUUUUUUUUUCUUGUAUUGAACCAAAAAAACAGUUUUAUCAUUUAAAGAGCCAAUAUGGCAUACACUUCCAAAUGCUGUAUAUUAAGAAACUGCUUUGAAUAUUCUUGAUGAAAAAGAGUACAAGAAGAGAAUAUCAUCAUAACCAGGCAUUUAGCAAACAACCACUCUUUCUUCUUAUGGAAUACACUCUUCUUGUUCAGAGACAGGAAGAGGGUGAGCACAUUUUUGAAAACUUGCUUAUUGUGGUGUGAAGUACUUUCUGGAAUAAGGUGGAUUGACCGUUACUAUGAGUAUAGCUCAAAAUACAAAAUAGGACUUGGAACCUUUCUUGUGAUGAACUUGUGUAUGAUGUAUGUGGUCAUCUCGCCCUCCUCUUCCUCCCUAAUGUAAGGAGCACCUUUGAAGUGGGGUGAUAAAGCCUUUCAGCAAUACGUUAACCACAAGGCCUUAGCCUGUGUGGGGAAGGCGUGUGCACCUGUUGCCAAUACUGCCUCCUUCCUCUGAGCCAGAGCACACAACUCCAGUUAGCAAGGCUCUGGUGAGACACAGGGCAGGCUUCCUGACCACAUAGCUCACUGCCUUCCACCAGGCUCGGCCAAGUUGCCAAAACUGACAAUCAGGGAUCCAGUAAGAAAUCUUGGUCACUUGUGAGUUUUAUAUUGCUUUUUUUAUCUUAGAGAAGUAUUCAUUGUAAAGGUCUAGAAACAGGUCACUCCUUCCCGUUUGUCUUGCUUUUGGCUUAAUAGUUGUUCAUAAUUAAGAGCCAAACACUUGGUUAAGAUAAGUUUAUGGACCUGCAGCUGUAACUCUAGACUUCUGAGUUUCAUAGCUCUUCAGCUCUGCUUACAAGUGUUGUGAAUAUGUAUAUAGUUUAGUUUUCCCAAAUGCAAGCACUCUCUGUUAGAAGUGAGUUCGAAUUAUUGAUAAAAUAUUGUGUUUGAUUUUAUAUGACAAGUUAUUAAAUAUAUUUUUGUGGAAACCA